ACGCGCCCAUCCCACCUCCACGAUGCCCAAGAGGAAGGUCAGCUCCGCCGAGGGGGCGGCGAAGGAGGAGCCCAAGAGGAGAUCAGCGAGGUUGUCAGCUAAACUGGCUCCUGCAAAAGUGGAAAUGAAGCCAAAAAAGGCGGCAGGAAAGGAUAAAUCUUCCGACAAAAAAGUGCAAACAAAAGGGAAAAGGGGAGCAAAGGGAAAACAGGCUGAAGUGGCUAACCAAGAGACUAAAGAAGACUUACCUGCAGAAAAUGGAGAAACUAAAAAUGAGGAGAGCCCAGCUUCUGAUGAAGCAGGAGAGAAAGAAGCCAAGUCUGAUUAAUAUCACACACUGGUCCUGUCAAUGGUCCCUGUUUCCCUUCUUGUACAAUGCAGAGGAAUAUUUUUAUCAACUAUUUUGUAAAUGCAA